UCAAAAUGUCAAACUUUUAAAGCACGUUGUGAAUUGUUUUCAUUUCCAGAGAAGCAAAACUUACUAUUUUCUUUCUUUAAAAUAGAAUAAUUUAAAUUUAAAAUGAUAAACGACGAUCUUGAUAUAAAACCAGAUAAGAAAACUAAAAACAAAGCACCAUUACGUUACUUUGACCAACCUGUCGAUGAAUCGGAAGUCGAAAAAAUAAAAUUGAAACCAGAAAAGGAACAAAAAUUCAAAGGCGAAGUAAUUCAUGUGGAACCCAAAGCUAAACCAUUGCGAAAACUUUUAAAAUCGAAAACACCACUGCAACCACGAAAAUCUAAAGUUCCACAGGAACUCUUGAAGAAACAUUCCCGCGGAGAACAAAUAGAAUCCGAUGGCAUAAAAACAAAUUUCUUCAAAGAAAAACUCAAGAGAAAGGAAAUCUACCAUGAGUAUGCAACAGAACAGGCGGCUAGAACUGAAAUCCUUCUGAAAGAAGAUGCAGGAUUUAUUAUACCAGAUAAAGGUGAACGCACCAAAGACUAUAGACAAUCUGAAAUAGCUGCAAAAGUUGAUAUUACUACUGCGUCGAAGCUCUUCAAGUUAAAUUUGGAUUUUGGACCAUACUCGAUGCGAUACACAAAAAAUGGGCGGCACUUGCUUCUGGGAGGUCGAAUGGGACAUGUUGCAGCUUUUGAUUGGAUCACAAAACGUCUGCAUUGUGAAAUCAAUGUCAUGGAGGAAGUUGCCGAAGUUGCCUGGCUUCACAUUGAAACAAUGUUUGCGUGUGCUCAAAAGAGUUGGGUGCACAUUUAUGACAACCAAGGAACAGAACUGCAUUGUGUUAAGCGAUUGUACCGUGUGAAUAAAAUGGAAUUCCUUCCAUAUCAUUUCCUUCUUUCGUGUGCCAGCAGUCAGGGGUAUCUGUCUUGGUUGGAUGUGUCUAUAGGCGAACUCGUUGGGCAUUACAAUUCAAAAUUAGGUGAUAUUCGCAUGAUGCGUAGUAACCCUUCUAAUGGAGUUCUGUGUGUUGGAGGAGGAAAAGGUGUGGUUUCAAUGUGGUCGCCCAAAGUUAGAGAACCUUUAGCUGAAAUGCUUUGUCACCCAACUCCAAUUUCGGCCUUGGCAGUGGACCCCAAAGGUCAACAUUUAGUGACUGCAGGCUUGGAUAGAACUAUCAAAGUGUGGGAUGUAAGGGAACUGAGCGGGCCCAUGGCAAUAUACAAGUUGAAAACAGCUGCAAGCCAAUUGGACGUUUCCCAGCGAGGAGUACUAGCAUUUGCGAAUGGAAAUCAUUGUAGCAUGUACAGGAACUUAUUCGUUGAAUCAGACAGCCAACCAUACCUGCAACAAAGUUGUGACGAUUUCAUACACGGACUUCGGUUUUGUCCGUACGAGGAUAUUCUUGGUUUGUCCACUGCCAAAGGCUUCCAAUCGAUGAUUGUGCCUGGUUCUGGAGAACCUAACUACGACGCCCGCGAAGACAACCCCUACCAAACAAAGACACAGCGAAAGGAGUUUGAAGUGCAUGCCCUGUUAGAAAAGAUUCCUCCUGAAUUGAUUUCACUUAAUCCCAACGAAAUUGCUGGUGUCGAUGUACCAACACUUCGUGAAAAGGUUGAUGCAAAGAAGGAAUUAUUCUUCUUGAAACCACCUCAAAUAGAAUUCAAAUCCAGACAUAAAAUGAAAGGACGUGGUGGUACUGUGAAAGCAGCUAGAAAUAAACAGAUUGUUAAAGAUGCUGCACGAAAGGAAUUCAUUGCUGACAUAAGAAAGAAGAAAAAGGAAAUAAUUGCGGAGACUAAAUUAGAAGAAUCUGAAAACUUUAUUCCACUUCAAAGCAAACCUAGUGCUCUGGAUAGGUUUAAACCGAAAAAGAAAAAAUAAAAGAUUACAAAAAUUUA